GCGUCCUGUCCGGUCUGUUGUGGUGGCUGUGCGAGCGGCGCUCCGUAGCGUAGCGUAGCGUGCGCCCCUACUGUGCGGUGCGGGUCGCCGAGUGACAUGCCACGGGCUGCGCAGACGUCGCCGUCGCAGGCCCCCGCGCUCAGCUGAGCCGCUGCUCAAGGACUAGGCGCUCGGGCGGCAUGCGGAGCCGUGGCCGCGACUGCGGCCUGCCCUCCAGCCUCACAACCAGACCCAGCACCACCCCUGGCGUCAACGUCACGCUCCCGCCGACAGCGUGACGCGGCGGCAGAUGACGCGGGCGGCCGCCUGGCUCCUACUGGCGCUGCAGCUCGCCGCCCACGGACUGCGCCUCGAUCACUGUACGGCGCCAUUGGGCAUGGAGUCCGGCGCCAUCCCAGACGAAGACAUCUCUGCCAGCUCCGCUUACGAUUCCAGUAUCGUUGGUGCUCGCAACAGCAGGUUGCGAGAGGACAAGGGCGGUGGUGCCUGGUGUCCCCGCAACAUGGUGACGCGAGCCGCCGAAGAGUGGCUGCAGGUGGAGCUGCAUUCGCUGCACGCUGUCACCGCGGUGCGUACGCAGGGCCGCUUCGGACACGGCCUGGGCCAGGAGUACGCCGAGAACUACCUGCUCGACUACUGGCGGCCCGGUCUCGCCACUUGGACCCGCUGGAGGGACAAAGCAGGUAACAAGAUGCUGUCCGGCAACACGGACACGAACACGGUGGUGGAGCAGCGGCUGCAGCCGCCCGUGGUGGCCACCAGGGUGCGCGUGGUGCCCUUCAGCGAGCACAUGAGGACGGUCUGCAUGAGGCUCGAGCUCGUCGGCUGCAGGAACAAAGAGGGCCUGCUGAGCUACAGCGUGGCGCAGGGCGCGCGCGGCUUCACGGACCGCCUGUACGACGGCAGGGAGGCGGCGGGACACCUGUCGGCCGGCCUGGGGACGCUCUCCGACGGCAGGAAGGCGCAGGACCUGCUGCCGUCGUUGGAAGCGGGGCAAGAACACGAGUGGGUGGGCUGGCGCAACGACACGCCUGGCAUGGAGGGCAGUCCCGUGGAGAUGCUGUUUGAGUUCGACCACGUGAGAAACUUCUCGGCGGUGCACCUACACGCCAACAACCAGUUCAGCAAGGACGUGCAGGUAUUCUCGCACGCGAAGGCGUUCGUGAGCGUGUCCGAACAACAGCAUGUGUCCACGGAGCCGGUGGCCUUCUCGUACGUGGCUGACCUGCUCAUGGAGCACCCGCGUGACGUCACGGUCAAGCUGCACCAUCGCGUCGGUCGCUUCCUGCGUCUGCAGCUCUACUUUGCCGCCUCGUGGAUUGUCCUUAGCGAGAUCUCUUUCGAUUCGGCCGUGGUGGUAGGCAACUCGUCGCUAGUGGAGGCGCCGUCGGAGGACCCGCCGCAGAGGGACGAGGUGCAGCAGCCCGCGCCGCCGCCACCGCCCGCCUCCGCCGGCCAACCGCAGCCGCAGCCGCAGCCGGAGGUGGCGUCCCCCGGCUACAUCGGGCCCGUCAUCAGCUCGCUGUCCACAGUGAUCGUGCUGCUGGCCGCCUCCAUCCUACUCAUCGUGCUGCGCCACCGCCGCCUCAAGGCCGCCGCCGCCAACGCCUCCCCGCUGCCGCCCCCGCACGGAUCAACCGUGGCUGCCUUCUCUCCCGGAGAUAAGGCGGGAGGCAUCAAGGAGCUGCAAAUGCGCGUCAACGUUGCGGCCAACGGGAGGGUGUAUGGGCAGCUGUCCCUGGACGACCCCGAGCCGCCGGCGCCGACACAUUACCAGCAGCCGCUGUACGGACAGCCGUUGCCGCUCAACGGCGCGCCGUAUAAUACGGGUGUUCCGGACGUGGUGUCGCGCGAGUACGCAGUGCCGCUGGUGAGGCAGACGCCGCCGCCGUCGCGACGCCCGCCGCCCUUCGCCGGCUCAGAGCCGCCGCCCGUGCCUCCGCCGCCGGAGCAGUACUACGCCGCCACCGAAAUAUGCAAGGGCGGGGAGUCUUCGCCGCCGCCGGUGCCGCCCCCGCUCGACUCGGCGGGCCUGGACGAGCUGACCACGGCCACCGAGGACGAGGCCGCAGACGGCGACGGCGACGAGGAGGAGGACGCUGCGGCGGGCGCGCAGCCGCUGCCACUGUUCCCCAGGGAACACCUGCGCGUCGUCGAGAUGCUCGGCGUCGGUCACUUCGGGGACGUGCACUUAUGCGAAGUGAAGCAGUUUCCAGAAGUUCUCGACAAGAAUCUCUGCACGUGCAAACUUGUGGCUGUGAAAUUCCUUCGUCCGAAUGCUUCGGAAGCUGUAAGACUGCGGCUGCAGGAGGAGGCUUGCGCGCUGUGGCGGCUGCGGCACCCCAACCUGUGCCAGCUGCUGGGCGCCAGCGCGCCGCAGGACUCGCCCGCCUUCCUGGUGGUGCAGUACUCGCAGCUGGGAGACCUCAACCAGUUCCUGCAGGAGCACCUGGCCGACACCGUCACCUCGCCGCCGCCCUCCUGCCGCGGCCGCACCCUCAGCUACGGAUGCCUGAUAUACAUGGCUACUCAAAUUGCAGCUGGGAUGAAGUAUCUAGAAUCUCACAAUUUUGUUCAUAGAGACCUGGCAGCAAGAAACUGCCUCGUUGGUCUGUCCUAUGAAAUAAAAAUUUCUGACACAGCGAUGUGUAGAAAUAUCUACGCCGGCGAUUACUACAAGGUAGAUGAAUGGGCGCUAUUGCCCAUAAGAUGGAUGGCCUGGGAAAGUAUUCUAAUGGGUAAGUUUACUACAAAGAGCGACGUUUGGUCCUUUGCUGUUACGCUAUGGGAAAUACUAACAUUUGCUAGAGAGCAGCCUUUUGAAGAGCUGUGUGAUGACAAAGUAAUAGAAAAUGUGUCGCACAUCUACCAAGACGAUGGACAGCAGAUGUUCCUACCUCCGCCAAAGAAUUGCCCCAAAGAAAUAUAUGACCUGAUGUGCGAGUGUUGGCAGAGGAACGAAUCCAACAGACCAAACUUCCGGGAGAUUCAUCUGUUUCUACAACGGAAAAACCUUGGUUACGAACCGGAAAUGAAUUGAAUUGUUAGCAUCACAGACUAAUUUUAGAGCUGGAGCUAAUGAAAUUAUCAGUACGUGCCUAGAAGGGAGGGUAGUGUCAUUUACUGCAUAUACCCUCUUUUUGACAGAUUAAGCUUGAAAUUUUACUGGAAGAACUGUGAAGAUUCUGCUCAAGCAAUAUGUGAUAAAGCACUGGUGGAAGAAUAAGUCAAUAGACAGAGAUAGUCAUGCCAUAUCAUCCAUUUUCUUUCGUUUAAAAGGAAGUGUCAACACUAUAUCAUUAACAACAUAAUUGUCAGUUCAGGGCUUAAAAGAUAUUCUAUCCAUGCAACAGAACAAUCUCACAUAUCAGACGUUUAUAAGGGAAAUUGUUUUCAGGUGGUGGGCUGUUAUAACAGAGAAGUGACGGUUGAGAGUACUAUGUGGACUACUUUCGAGUUGGAAUAUUGCAGAAGUUUAGAAAUGGUAUUUUUGGAUUUUAUGGAGGAUAAUGAGUGUCAGAAUUUUCGCCGUGGCGCUAGUAAAUAAUACUGGAUCCCUCCAUUAAUGGGGGAAAAUGCCAAGUUUCCUUAAACACUUAGACAAUACUUGUGAUGGAGUGAUAAACAUCUUCAUUUUUUCUCUGACAGAUAUUUAGCAUCAAUAAAAUUAGUAACGAUUUGUUAAGUUUUAGCUAGCGAUAUUUUAUAACAAGCUAAUUUUGUACGAAAUCAUCUUUAAGCACAAGAAUUUCAUAUCACAUCUUCUUUUUGCAGUUUUGUUUACGUGAGAGUCCUAAGAAGACUAUGACUGAUAUAAAAUGUAAAUCGUUGUUAUGUUUCCACAUGCUACUGUCUCCUCCUUAUUUUCUCAUACUAUUCGUAACUAUCUUUGUGCCUUCCGUCUUAGAAAGUGACAAUACGGAUUUUGCAUGGUUUGUAACAGUGCUUGAAUAAUGGGUUUUAACUCCAAUGUAUAGUCUGUUGAAUAUUCACUUGAUUAUAUAUUUCCUAGCCCAUGUUAUUUUUGUAUGUCUGGAACGUUUGUUAUUUCUAUGUGUACAGCAAACGUAUCUACUGGUGUAAAAAGUCGAUGUAGUUCAUUUUGAU